GAUGUGACAGCAACUAAAGGAAAUGAAUUUGAGGAUUACUUUUUGAAGCGUGAGCUGCUUAUGGGAAUAUAUGAGAAGGGUUUUGAAAGGCCAUCUCCUAUCCAAGAAGAAAGCAUUCCGAUUGCUCUUACUGGUAGUGACAUUCUUGCUAGGGCUAAAAAUGGAACAGGAAAAACAGCAGCAUUUUGUAUUCCUGCAUUGGAAAAAAUUGAUCAGGAUAAUAAUGUUAUUCAAGUUGUAAUAUUGGUCCCAACUCGAGAGCUGGCUUUGCAAACAUCUCAAGUGUGUAAAGAGCUCGGAAAACAUUUGCAAAUUCAAGUUAUGGUUACAACAGGUGGUACCAGCCUGAAAGAUGAUAUUAUGCGUUUAUAUCAGCCAGUUCAUCUGCUAGUUGGAACUCCAGGAAGAAUAUUAGAUCUUGCAAAGAAGGGUGUUUGCAUUCUGAAAGAUUGCUCAAUGCUUGUUAUGGAUGAGGCUGAUAAGCUUCUCUCCCCAGAGUUCCAACCUUCAAUAGAACAGCUGAUUCAAUUUCUUCCUGGAACCCGUCAAAUUCUGAUGUUUUCUGCCACAUUUCCUGUUACUGUUAAGGACUUCAAAGAUAGAUAUCUACGUAAGCCAUACGUCAUUAACCUUAUGGAUGAGCUAACUCUGAAAGGUAUCACACAAUAUUAUGCAUUUGUGGAAGAGAGGCAGAAAGUCCACUGCUUAAAUACUCUAUUCUCUAAGCUGCAAAUAAACCAGUCAAUCAUUUUCUGCAAUUCUGUGAAUCGGGUUGAACUUCUUGCCAAGAAAAUCACUGAACUUGGGUAUUCAUGUUUCUAUAUUCAUGCAAAGAUGUUGCAAGACCACCGUAAUAGAGUAUUUCAUGACUUUCGCAAUGGUGCCUGCAGAAAUCUUGUUUGUACUGAUCUUUUCACUAGAGGAAUAGACAUACAAGCAGUCAAUGUUGUUAUUAAUUUUGAUUUUCCGAAGAACUCAGAAACCUAUCUUCACAGGGUUGGUCGUUCGGGGAGGUUUGGACACCUAGGUUUGGCGGUGAACUUGAUCACCUAUGAGGAUCGCUUCAAUUUAUAUAGAAUUGAACAAGAACUUGGUACUGAAAUAAAACAAAUUCCGCCACACAUUGAUCAAGCAAUAUAUUGCCGGUGA